AUGACUGAUGUUAUGGCUGUUCCAUUUAGAUGUAUUUGAAUGUUAAAGUCGUCAGUGUCUCUUCCAAUUUUGAUUAUUUUAGUAAUUUUGAUUGCAAUACUUGUUCUCCAUUAUAAUUAGAUGUAAAUUAUGAUUAUUUUGAAGUGAAUGCUUUUAAAAAAUGAGUUAAGAGAAGGACCAGUAAGCUGAAAAAGGAGGUAAACAUAAGAGCAGCAAGAUGGCGGCCAUGUGGUCGUGAAACCGGCUCACAGAAAAACGUUUUCACACCAAAACGUCCACAUAUAACAAUUUUAUAACGUGGCAUUAUUGUGAAUUGAAAGGUAGGGUGAGGUGUUUUCCUUCCUUUUUGACCAGUUUUCCUCCGAUUUCUGAGGAAUUCAGUCACAGCCCUGGUUGAUUGUGGAGGGAUAUGGAAAAGGACAAGAAACAAGACAGUAAAGAUGCUAGACCGAGCACAUCAGGGUCUGCUAAAAAGAGGAAGAAAUCUGUAGAGGUGGAGCCAAGAACUCCUCUGAAGAGGCAGAGGGUACCAGUCCAGAGGUUCCAGUCUCCCACAGAAGAUGUCUUACCUGUCGUGAAGGCCAAAACUCCCAAAGAUGAGGUGGAGCUUGUGUACAAAAAGGGCGUGUUUUUAGCUGUCCGAGGAGACGCAGGGAGUUUUUACUUGUGCAGGACUCAACAGAAUGUGUUUCAGAACACCAAGCAUUUUAAAAUCCAGUGGCUGGACAAGGAUGAGAAAACAAAUGUCUACAAGUUUGACUUUUUGGACCACACAGAAAUUGAGUGUGUUCUAACCAAUGUAAGGAUGGAGAGAGUUGCCCGGGAAACGUAUGAGCUUCCCGAGGCAGAGAAGUCGAGAAUUGAGCUGAUUUUAUCUAAAGCAUUGAAGAAAGAAAAAGGCGAGCCUUAUGAGGACCUGGUUAUGGACACGGAGGAGGAAACGAGCAAUGAAGAAGGUGAGUAUGUUACCUGACCUACCUGGAGAAGGUGAGCAUUUGAUGUCCAGUCUGAUACAUCUUAUAAAUGUCAGGCCAGAAAAAAAUGUGUAUGUUACCUGACCUACCUGGAGGUGAGCUUUUGAUGUCCAGUCUGAUACAUCUUAUAAAUGUCAGGCCAGAAAAAAAUGUGUGUUACCAGACCUACCUGGACUUAAAGUUGUCGACCUGGAUUUUUUCUGACCAAAUUUCAUGGGGUU